AUGUCUUCAAGUACUAAUCAUGUUCAUAAGCGUAGGAUUAGAUUUGCAUCCUCGAACAUCGGAUCUUUGACCGGUAAGAGUAUGGAGUUGAUUGAUGCUAUGCGAAGAAGAAGAAUUAAUGUGGCAUGCAUUCAAGAAACUAGAUGGAAGGGUCACAAAGCGAAGGCAUUAGAUGAUUUCAAACUAUGGUACUUGGGAGAUGAAAGUGGGAGAGGUGGAGUGGGCAUAGUUGUUGACAAAGACCUUAAGAACGAAGUAGUAGAUGUUAAAAGAUUAGGGGAUAGGAUCAUAUCUAUCAAGCUGGUGCUAGACAAUGAGGUUAUCAACAUUGCUAGAGCAUACGCACCCCAAGCAGGUUUGGAUGAGAGUGUUAAAAUACAAUUCUGGGAGCACAUGGAUGGAUUAGUACAGGGUUUUGGUUCGGGAGAUAAAAUUAUUAUUGGAGGGGAUCUUAACGGACAUGUGGGCAGGGAUCAUAGAGGCUUUGAAGAGGUUCACGGAGGAUACGGAGUUGGAGAGAGGAAUGAAGAGGGGAUAUCAGUGUUAGACUUUGCGAUAGCGUUUGACCUGUGCAUUACAAAUACCUUUUUUAAAAAGAGAGAUGAACAUUUAAUUACCUACAAGAGUGGGCACCAUGCAAGCCAAAUAGAUUUUUUCCUAACAAGAAGGUUUGACAGACCUUUAUGUAAGGAUUGUAAGAUUAUACCAGGAGAGAGCUUAACCGCCCAACGUAGACUGAUGGUCUUAGAUAUGUACCUCAGUACGGGAAAACGUAAGAAAGCAAAACAAGUUUGCCCUAAGAUAAGAUGGGGGCGAUUCCAAGGAGUUCUCUUAGAGUCAUUUUUCGAUAAAGUAGCUCUAUAA